AUGAAGACAGUCACAGCAAUAAAACCAAGAGAGUCGAAGAUCAAGGAGUUCCGGGACAUCGUUCACUCACUGCCGCAGUGCAACCGGGAGACCCUCAAAUUCCUACUCGAACAUCUACUCAGUUCAACGCAACAGUGUGGUAAUUUUACAUUAGACAGUCGUCAGUCAAUACGUGUUGUGCGAGUGGUUUUCUACUUAUUAUUAUUAGUAAAAAAAUAUAAACAAAACAGUGCCUUCGCGAGUGUUUUUGUAAAUAUUUAUUGUUCGUCGCUACAUCGAUUGCCGGUCAGCGACAACAAGAGGCUGUGUUCGACGGUGAGCUGCGGGAAAGAGACAGAGAACAAGCUGUUGUUGCAGAUAUGCGAAGCCGAGCAAGUGUCUGACUUUGAAAGGAUUCUUAAUUCUAAUGCAAUACUGUGCGAGAGGAGGCAGGCGCACGUGUGGCGCGGGUGCGGCGAGCUCGCGUCCAGCGCGUCGGUGCUGCCGCGGCCGCGCUCCGCGUACUCGCUGCAUGCCGUGAGCCAGGUCUACCACCACCUGUUCCACCAGCACGAGGAGUCGCUGCAGCCCCUCAUCCAGCGCUACCGGCAAGAAGCCACCGACGACGACAAACCUUGUCCCCCUUACAGUAUACUCCAAGACAACUGGUUCGAACACCUCCAAGACCUAUCACAGUUCUAUGAAGACGACGUAGCUCUGCAGCAGGAGAUCGAAACUAUCACAGACCGAAUAGUCGCCGAGGAAGUUAAAGCUGCCGAAACAAAAGUUACCAGUCCAAAAAAUAAGAAUUUUAACGUUAAUUUGACAGAUUUGAUUGGCUUGCAUGUGAACGGUGAAGGGUUUUCGCCGAUAUCGAAUCACGAUGGUCCCUCGCCCGACGUAGACAAGGUCGAGCACGAGGCGGAGUACAAGGAAUGGCUCGGGGCGAGUAUGAGCGCAAAUUCGGAAUUUGAUCCUAUUUCUCAGGGUAGAAGUGAUUCGGUGGACUGCUUAGCGGAAAGUUUGGACUCUGUUAAAAUAGACACCGAUGCAAAAGUGCCGACGAUAACCUUCAGUAAUUGUUGUGACGGGUGCGCGCGCAGCGAGCUGCCCAACAAUACUGAAGUCGUCAAUUUGGCCGUGCCCUCUAUUGAGAGUGCUGAUGAGUCCCGCCCGCCGAUGUGA